UACUUACUGGUGUGUUCGUCGAGAACGCUUUGAAGCUAGCACAGCCGAACUUUUUCGAGAAGGCGGCAGAGCAUCACAGGGAUCUGGUCGAGCAGGCGAAGGUGUUACAAGAAUUGUGUUGUGAAUGGGACACCGAUGAGAACGGCCUGCUCUCCUACCAGGAAUUUGUCGACAUGGUCUCCCAUCCAAAGGUUAGAAAGUAUUUGGACUAUUUGGGCUUGGAGGUGCCCAGCCUGGAGAUGUUCUUUAGUCUGUUGGCCGAUGAUUGCGGCCAAGUCAGUUGCAAUACCUUCGUGACGGCAUGCAUGCGCUUGCGGGGCGAUGCAAAGUGUAUAGAUAUGAAGCAGCUCUUUUUGGAGGUCAAACUGAGCAGAACCCUCAGAAAAGACAUCAAGGCCAUCAAGCAGGUCCUCAACCAAAGCAUGAUGCAGGAAGGUCCGAUGGGCGUGCCUUCUGCUCCGCCACGCGGAGGGCGUUCCACUGAUGCCGUCAGCAAGCAGUUGUCUGAUGCCGUUAGCAAGCAGCUGUCAGGCCGUGGUGGGAGAAGACCCUCAUUCGACUUGUCCUCAGGGGUGGCGAUUUGAGGCGCGCGACGCAGGGCGCGGUGACAUUGGCUGCCCAGCACCAGGUCUCGACUGCAUAUCUUCGGGUCGCAAAGCGGCCCGCUCCGGAACAGAGCUGGAUGAUCGUCGCUCGUCUGUCUCCUGGCCCCUCUGCUUGUCCCCCCUCCUUACCUCUCAGCAGUUGUCGAGGCGACGGACGGGAGAACGGAGAAGCAUCUCAUGCCGUUGUCUCUCAUGUUGCACCAGGUAUUCCCGAUUGCCUGCGUGAUCCCAUAACAAAGUUCAGUACGAUUUGACGAAUGACGGGAGAUCUGUCUGCAGCUAGAUUGAAAUGUUGACGUCGUGUGGUUCGUUUUCCGACUGCUACAUAUGUAUACGCCAUCAGAAAGAGGUGAUGAAGCAUUGAAUUGUGUGUUGGCUUGUCGGGCGAAGCAGCAGUGCACGGUGCAUGCAUUUGACGGGUUCAUUCAGUUGUAUAUGUUGGGCAAGUCGUAUUCACCUAGUGAUGCCUUUGUUCACCUAGUACUGCCAUAGGCGUAUAAAAGGUUGUAAGAUGAGUGGGCUACGCUGGAUUGUAGUCAACGGGUGCACGUACCCAGUAGUAUUAGUUCAUGAGAACCGUUGCACGUAUGCAAGUGGCACGUGCGAGUAGUAACUAAAACUUGUGCAGUGGAAACUUGAUGCCGUCAGCUGUUUUACUUCCUUGCGAGCUUCAGUCGUGAUGGCGCGCCUCGGACGCGAGUGCGCGCGCCUUGCGUGUACGUGAU